GCUGGCAGCAAUGGAAGUGGAGGCCCCAAGAUGUCGUUCGCGCAGAAGAUGAUGGCAAAGAUGGGCUACAAGGAGGGCGAAGGUCUAGGCAAAGGUGGCGACGGUAUUCUCAACCCGAUCGAAGUAAAACUUCGGCCGCAGGGUGCUGGUGUUGGUGCCGUGAAAGAGAAGACGAAGCAGGCCAAGGAGGAAGCCAAACGACAAGCCGAGCGCAGGGGCGAAGAGUACGAGGACUCCUCAGAGGAAGAGCGUAAAGCGCGCAAGCGACGAAAAGACGCUGUCAGGGCGGCCAAGAGCGCUGGAGACAGUGGAGCCAGCACACCCGGCGGCUUCACCAAAGCCAAGAAGAAGUAUCGCACUGCUGCCGACAUUGAGAAGGAAUCAGAGGGCUUGGAAGUGCCCAACGUCCUCAAGUCUCUCAUCGAUGCAACCGGACGAGAGAACAGACUCCUCACCUCCACCGCCGGGCUGCUCACACCAACCACGGGCCAUGUCAGAGGUGAAACCGAGGCCGAAAAGAUCGCAAAACGUGCUCGACUCGAGCUGGAAGGCUUCGCUGAAGCGUGGAAUGAUAUGGUGGAGCGCAACAAGUAUAUUGACGCCGAAGAAGAGCAAUUACUCAAAGAGCUGGUAGACCAGGAGGACGAAGACGCAAAGGUAAAAGCAAUGUAUGAAGCAGUCGUCGCAUUGUCAAGCCUGGAUGUCAACACUCCCAUGCUUGCGGACGAUGCUCUUGCGAGAUGGGAGGAAGUUACCAGCGAAUUGGAGCAGCUACAGACGACCUAUGCAGCUGAUAUUGAUGAGUAUGGGCUGUCUGAUGCUGCUGUGGCAGUCAUACACCCGCUGUUCAAGCAGGAGAUGCUUGACUGGGACCCCCUAGAGCAUCCAAUGCACUUGGUCACAUAUCUCAAACGGCUGGAAAGCAUAUUGCGGAUCGGCAGAGGCACAAGUUCCUCCACACAGGACGACUUUGAAUCUCUUCGACGUCCCAAGAAGUCGACAACGUCCUACGAGACGAUGAUAUACUCUCUCUGGCUACCGAGAGUCCGCACGGCCGUGACAAACGACUGGGACACACAUUCACCGACGAUUCUGCUGACACUCGUGGAAGCGUGGUCGCCGCUCCUCCCAGAGUUCGUGCGCAACAGCGUGGUGAACAACCUCGUCGAACAGAAGCUCUCAAGCAGCGUACAGGGAUGGAAUCCUCGUACUGCGCUCAAGAGAAAACAUCCCACAUCGCUCCCACACACAUGGCUCUUCCCCUGGCUCCCAUAUCUCUCCGAGCAACACACCGACCCUUCAAACGCAACCGGCCUCCUCGCAGACGUAAAACGCAAGCUCCGUCUCGCUCUCGACACCUGGGAUCUCACUCGAGGCAUCAUGCCCGGCCUGGCCGAAUGGCAGGACGUCAUGCGCCCCGAAGUCGACCGCUCCCUGAUCAACCACCUCCUCCCCCGCCUCGCCGCCCACCUCUCCACCGACUUCGAAAUCGACCCUUCAAACCAGGACAUGGCGCCGCUCGAGCACGUCCUCGCAUGGACCCCCGUCUUCAAACCCCUCGUCAUCGCCCAACUCCUCCUCGCCGAAUUCUUCCCCAAGUGGCUCAACAUCCUCCAUCUCUGGCUGACGGCCGAGCCCAACUACGCCGAAAUCAGCCAGUGGUACACCUGGUGGAAGACGCGCUUCCCCGACGCCAUCAACGCCCUCAAGCCCGUCGACGCACAGUGGGAAAAGGGCCUCGAGAUGAUCAACCACGCCCUCGACCUCGGCGACAGCGCAAAGACGCUCCUCCCCCUCCCCGCCGCCGGCCCUGCACGACCAGCUCACAUGCCCGCCUCCGGACCCGCUACACCUGGCCCCAACACCACCGCAUCAUCAUCCUCGACAUCGGCCCCGCCGCAGCACGCCGUCGAGACAACCUUCAGAGACGUCGUCGAGUCGUGGUGCAGCGACGAAAACCUCCUGCUCGUCCCCCUGCGCGAAGCACACGCCCAGACCGGCCUGCCGCUGUUCCGCAUCACGGCUAGUGCGACGGGCAAGGGCGGUGUGGUGGUGUAUAUGCAUGGCGAUAUUCUGUGGGCGCAGAAGAAGGGCGAUAGGGCGGUCUGGCAGCCGGUUGGGCUUGGGGAGGGGCUUGUUGCGCGGGCGGAGGGGCGGUGA